UCACAAACACCACUCUGAAUCCUUUUAAUUAAUUACCUUUUGAGUUCAAUUCCUGGUGUUAUUCUUGAGAAAAUGGUUUCCCACCUUCCCCUAAAAACUCUCCUCCACCUAACUUCAGAUCAGAGUGAGCAUAACCCACUAACCAUGUCUGAUGACCAAAUUUUGGAGCAAAUUUACUCAACCCAUGUCCAUAGUGACACAAAGUUUGACGUGGACUCUCUGUUCACCCUUGUUGAGAACACCCUUAGACGUUCGACCCACAUUGUUGACAAUGUUGUGCAGGGUUCCCAAGCCAGCCUGGAGCAUUUAGAUGACAAGCAGCCCAAAACCAACUUCGUUUCACCACUCUGUACCCUGAAGCAGAUUUCAUCUGAGAUGUCAUGCAAGCCUCCAAGCGAGGAAAUCGCCCACAAAACGACGCUUGCCAUCCUCAAUAAGCUCUCAAACUACGACUGGGACGCAAAAGCGGUGCUGACGCUGGCUGCUUUCGCCAUGGAAUUUGGCGAAAUCUGGCUACUCACUCAGCACCAGCCAACAGACCUUCUUGCUAGGUCUGUUGGUGUUCUGAAGCGAGUGCCAGUGCUGACGAGGCCUGCUGCUGUGCAGAAGCACCGCCAAGCCAUCAUCGAGCUGAACAGCUUGGUCAAGACCACGUUGCUCGUAAUUGAACUCAUCUUUGAGUUGGAGAAGCUAUCUUCAAGCUAUGACACCAAGGAUGUGCCUGCUUUGGAGCCUGCAAUUGAGCAAAUUCCUGUUGAUGUCUACUGGGCGAUUAUCACUGUUGCUGCCAUUGUUACUCAGAUAGAUUGUCUCACCACUGAUUCAGAGCACAAGCAGGAACUGUCCCACUAUGGUCAAAAGAUCAACAUUGUGCUCAGCAGAUUGAGGAAACAGAUCACCACCUGCAGACAACAGAUAGAUGAAGCAAAGUAUGUUCAAACCCUUCGGAAACUUUUUCAAACCCCCACUGAAGUAAUGGAGGUGUUUAAGUAUCUGGUUUUUUCCAAGGAUUCUCGAGUGCUUUCACUGUUUGAUGGUACUACCAAGACCACGGUUGACAUCACUGUCCUUAAAAAGAAGAAUGUAUACCUCUUCAUUUCCACACUAGACAUCACGGAGGAAGAAAUCUCAGUGGUGAGGACAGUUUUUGAUUCCAUCAAAACCAAUGAGCAAUACAAGAUUGUUUGGAUCCCAGUUGUGGAGACAUGGAGCGAGCAACUGAACAAGAAAUAUGAGGUUCUGAGAAGCAAGAUGCCAUGGUUUGUGGUGCCGAGCUUUGGAACCAUUGCAGGGUACAAGUACAUCAAGGUGGAAUGGCACUUCAAGAAGCAGCCUAUGGUUGUGGUGCUGAGCCCUCAAGGGAAGGUGCAGCACACAAACGCAUUCCAUUUGAUUCAGGCUUAUGGAAUGAAGGCUUUUCCCUUUACAAAGGUUGAUGAAGACACAAUUGAUAGAGAAGUUCAUUGGUUUGGAUCUUUGGACCUCAAAAACAAGGACUUAGAAGACAAGAUGAAAGCAGAUAAGUAUAUCUUCUUCUACGGUGGCAACGACAAAGAGUGGAUCCAACAGUUCACAAAGUUCGCCACCACCCUCACCUCCGACACCGUCAUAAAAGCCGCCAACAUCACCAUCGAGCUCUUCAACGUGGAACAAGAAGACCAAAGCUUCGUCAGGCGCUUUUGGAGUGGCAUCGAGAGCCUCUUCGUAACCAAAGCCCACAGAAAAGUUGACGCGGUAACUCAAGAAGUUCAAAAAAUGCUCUCCUACAAGAAAGAAACCGGGUGGGCCCUUCUCAGCAAGGGGUCAUCCGUGGUCGUGACCGGCCACGGAACGACGAUAUUGAAGGCUGUAGCGGAGUUUGAGAAGUGGAAGGACGUUGUGGGGAAGAAAGGGUUUGAAUUCUCGUUUAAAGAGUAUCAUGACAAGAUUGUGAAAGCUACUCACCGGUGCUCUCACCUUGAGAUUCCUAAUGUGGCGGGUAAGUUGCCGGAGGUUAUACGGUGCCCCGAGUGUCCUAAUUCCAUGGAGAUUUUCAUUAGCUACAAGUGCUGCCACAGCAAGCACGCACCGCACUAGAUGUUGUGCUUUGAUCAUUGAUUUUAUGAAAGAGUGUGGUUUCAAGUUGUGUGGGACUUUCAGUUUUAUGUUUUUCUAGUGGAAUAAGUUAUACUUCCUCGUGUUUCAUGAAGAAGGUAGUGUGUGUUUUCUAUGUAACGUGGUAGUACUUGCUAAUCUUGAAAUUUCAAUAAAAAUGCGGCCUUUACUGUUA